AACAACAAUAAAAUAAAAAAUAAAAAAAGAUUCCAUAUCCCUAAUCAUAAAGUUUAAAAUAAUACCAACAAUAAUAAUUACAUACACACACAUACAAAUACAGAAAGCAAAAAAGUUAAUUACCUGGCUUACUUAUUAAUUAUUUGUAUAGCUAGCUAAUGAAUUAAUUAGAUGUUAAUAAUGAAAUUGACAGAUCCCACCUAAAAAUAAAGAAAUAUAUUCACUCUCAUGAAAGCAUCUCAAUGUGCAUAAUAAAAACCCUUUGAGAUUGUGAGUAUACUAUACUAUAACUAUACUAUUCCUCUUGUUUAUUUUCUCAUCUUUUUAUUCUUCCUUUUUUUUUUCUUCUUCUUCUCUUCUUUUCUCUAUCAAGGUAGGGACAUAUAUAUCUAUCUAUCUAUCUAUACUAGUGAUGGAUAUUUCUACCGGUGAGGAUAUUGUUCCGUCCGUGGUGGUGCAAAACGGCGCUAACGGUGGUCAUGAAGAGAAAGAAAGUGAGAUUAUUGAGGAAGAUGAUAAGAUUAAUAUGAAUGGUGGUGGAGGAAAUAGGUGGCCCCGCCAAGAAACAUUGGCACUCUUGAAGAUAAGAUCAGAUAUGGAUGGUGUUUUUCGUGAUUCAAGUCUUAAGGGUCCCCUAUGGGAAGAAGUUUCAAGAAAACUAGGUGAACUUGGUUAUCACCGAAGCUCAAAGAAAUGCAAAGAGAAAUUUGAGAAUGUAUACAAAUAUCACAAAAGAACCAAAGAAGGUAGAAGUGGAAAAUCAGAAGGAAAAACUUAUAGAUUUUUUGAUCAAUUACAAGCACUUGAAAAACAAUUCACACUCUCUUCUUACUCUCCAAAACCACAAUCAAAUAAUAAUCACACAUCCUCAUUACCAACAACAAAGCCUAAUGAAACCAUAAAUCCAAUAUCACAUGUAACCAAUACUACUAUUCCAUCCACAAACCCUACUGCACUCGUUUUUCCUUCACCGCCAUCAGCCAAUACCACAACCAACCCUAACCACAACAACAAUGUUCCAUAUUCUUUACCAAACAUGAAUAACCUAUUCUCAAACACACCUACCUCAACUUCGUCCUCGACGGCUUCAGAUGAAGACUUGGAAGAGAAGUACAGGAAGAAAAGAAAAUGGAAGGACUAUUUCAGGAGAUUGACAAGACAAGUGUUGGCAAAACAAGAUGAAAUGCAAAAGAAGUUUCUAGAAGCGAUAGACAAACGCGAAAAAGAACACUUGGCUCAACAAGACGCUUUGAGAAUUCAAGAAAUAAAUCGAAUCAAUAAAGAACAUGAACUUCUUGUCCAAGAAAGAUCAUCAGCCGCUCAAAAAAAUGCCGCCAUUAUUGCCUUUCUCCAAAAAUUGUCUGGACAACCACCACCGCCACCACCACCAACAGUGCCAGAGAUGUCUCCGGCUCCGAUAUCACAAGUACAAACACAACAACUUGUGAUACCAAACAACAACAUUGUUGAAAUUAAGAACAUGAAUAAUGGUCACAAAAGUGAUUGUGGUGUUGCUUCUCCAUCAAGGUGGCCAAAAAGUGAAGUCCAUGCACUUAUAAGGAUAAGAACAAGUCUUGAACCAAAAUAUCAAGAAAAUGGACCAAAAGCACCAUUGUGGGAAGAUAUAUCAGCUGGAAUGAAGAAACUUGGUUACAAUAGGAAUGCAAAAAGAUGCAAAGAGAAAUGGGAGAAUAUCAACAAGUACUACAAGAAGAUGAAGGAAAGUAACAAACAAAGACGUGAUGAUAGUAAGACAUGUCCUUAUUUUGAUGAACUUGAAGCUCUUUACAAAGAAAAGAACAAAUUACAGAACCCUUUUGGUUCUAAUUCAUUUCAUAGUAUUAAGUCAAGUGAGAUGAUGGAGCCAUUGAUGGUGCAACCAGAACAACAAUGGAGACCUCCAACUCAAGAUGAAGAAGCUAAUGUGGUGAAGAAGAAUCUUAAUGAAGCAAAAGAAGAUGAAGAUGAUGGUGAUGUUGAUGAUGAGGAUGAAAAUAUGGAUGAAUAUGAAGAUGGAGAUAGCAUGGAAGAAGAUGAAGGAGGUGUUAGUAGCCGUUAUGAAGUUGUCACAACAAAUAAACUUUCUUCAAUGGACACAGUUGGAUGAGACAAGAUAAGGAAGUUUCUGAUUGGAUGGUAAUGAGAGAGAGGGGGUCUUGAAUCAUCCGGUGCAGUGUUGUGUAUCCGUAAGAACCGUUGAAUUUAGAGAUCAAAAUUUAGGUUAUACUUUCGUUUUCUAAAUCCAACAGUUCUUACAGAUUUAUCACAAUACUGUAACUGUAGAUGAUUCAAUUUCUAAGAGAGUGGCAUUACAGUCUCGAUCAUCAAUCAUCUACAACUGAUGUAUAGUGUUUCAGCUUUAAGGAUAAUUAGAUUUAGAGAGAUAAAUUUUCACUCUAAAUCUAACUGUCCUACCGAAGCACCUGAAUCUUAAGAUGUUUCGAUUUCGAGAUAGAUUUUUAUUUUUUAUUUUAAUUAAAUUAUUUUGUGCAUUUGGGAUUACAAGAUGUUAUUGAACUUUGUCAUUGCAAAUAUAGUGAUAUAUUAAAAGCAUAUACCACAAAAA